CGUUGCGUCAUGAAGCAUGCGCCUUGUCAUAAUUCGCUCGCAUAAAAAUUACAAUAAUCGGGCCAUCGCUCAAGAAUAGUACUGUGAUAAUUCAAUUUUCAGUGGUAGUGGAGUGUCUCAUGUGCAUUUAAGUGAAAUAGAAUAAUUGGACAAAAUGCUUAUCAAAGAAUUCCGAGUCACACUUCCUCUAACAGUUGAAGAGUACCAAGUGGCUCAGCUGUAUUGUGUGGCAGAAGUAUCAAAAAAUGAGACCGGCGGAGGAGAGGGCAUAGAAGUUGUCAAAAAUGAACCAUUCAAAGACUUCCCGCUGCUCGGUGGCAAAUACUCGUCGGGGCAGUACACGUACAAGAUCUACCACCUCGCGUCCAAGGUGCCGGCCUUCAUCCGGCUGCUCGCGCCCAAGGGCUCCCUGGAGGUGCACGAGGAGGCAUGGAACGCGUACCCCUACUGCCGCACUGUGCUCACGAAUCCGGGCUACAUGAAGGAGAACUUCGUGAUCUGCAUAGAGUCGCUGCACGUGCCCGACGGCGGCGACCAACACAAUGUCCACGAGCUGCCGCCAGAGAAGCUGAAGAUCCGCGAGGUGAUCAACAUCGACAUCGCCAACGACCCGCUGCCGUCGGCCGACUACAAGCCGGAGACCGACCCGACCAAGUUCAAGUCGGCCAAGACGGGCCGCGGCCCGCUCAUAGGCGACUGGAAGAAGGAUGUCAAGCCAGUCAUGACUUGUUACAAGCUGGUGACUGCCGAGUUCAAGUGGUUUGGGCUGCAGAGUAAAGUAGAAAAUGUGAUUCAGAAAUCAGAACGGCGGUUGUUCACCAUAUUCCACAGGCAAGUGUUCUGCUCAAUGGACGACUGGCACGGCAUGACCAUGGCGGACAUCCGAGCCAUCGAGGACCGCACCAAGGAGGAGCUGGAGCGGCUGCGGCGCGAGGGCGAGGUGCGCGGCAUGCGCGCCGACAACGAGUAGAGGGCGCCACUAUAGGCGGUGGCGAAAGGUUAAACUUGGUGGCUGUUUGGCGAAGUAUCCAAAUAAAAAUAAAAAAGUUGGCUGUUUGAUUAUGUUUCCAUGUCGUUAAAAAAAAAAGUUGGCUGUUUGGUGAGGUAUCCAAGGAAUUAAAAUAUAGAGCGUUGGCUGUAUGGUGAGGUGUCUAAGCCAUAAAAAAUAGUGUUGGCUGUUUGGCGAUGGUCUAAGACUAAGUCAUAAAAAAGAAAACAGUGAACUUGCCAUAAAACAUAAUCUUUAUAAACUUGGAUAGCUUGUCAUACAGCCUGCAGAUUCGCCACUGAUUUUGAACCAGAAAAGCCACCGCCUUCAAGCCAACAUACGCGUAACUGUGCGAACUAACUGGGAUAGCGGAGAAUGCUCCACAGUAGGUAACAUCACACGUUUCGGCCUAGACUAUCGAAGUAUUCCUCUAUCACUCAGCGAAGUCUCACGAAGAAUAUAGACAUAUAUUUUCCAAGUAUAGUACUUAACUAAUCUAAUUUUGGACCAGUGUAAUGUGUUAGAAUAGCAAAUGCUAAAGCUUGGUUCCUUGUCCAACUCGCUAGCCGCAACCCAGUAUAGUUUCCACGCGCGAUCGAUGUCAAAGCCCUGAUCUGUGUGAGGUCGGUUAAGUUUUUUUUUAAUAAUCCAUGCUGCUGGUCAGUAUCUGUGAUGGAAAUGUCUAUGGUUUGUUAAGGUGCUUCCGCACUGUCGUAAGAAUAUACAUUUUAAAUUUUAGUACUGUUGUAGUUAAAUUAUUUUCUAUUGAAGCCAUGACACAAUCUGAUAAAUUAUGUAAGCACCUUAACUAUUAUAUUAUAUGAAGUGUAAUAUAAAUUUGCUGAGUCUGCAAACUUAAUUUCCUUGCAAAUCUUUGCUAAAACUACCCUCAAGCGAUCUCGCAUGGAUCGGGCGCUUUGUCAUCCGUUCACAAAUAGCAAAAUGUUAUCGAGAUGUGGUAUAGAUACUAUGUAUUUAAAUAAAUAACUAAUAAGUCGAUGUAGUCAGUGGUUAACUGGUAGUGCUGUCGUUACCUAACAUUUAUUAAAAGUAUAUAAAUAAAUUGGUGUUAAAGCGUGGGCAACUAGUUCGCGCGAAUGGUGAACUGUUGGGAGCCAAAUUCUUGGAAUGCAUUUCACCAUUGAAUAGGUUCAGUUUAGUUAGCCCGAAUGGGACGUUUUUGGCUGUUGUGUAUAUUUAAUUAAUUAAAUAAAAUUGUACACUAAGGUAUUGUUAGUUUGGAACUUUGGGUGCAAUAUUGCGUAUCACUUGGGCGAUGUAUUUUGAAUUCGGUACUUCGGGGAUGUUGCAAGGUGAAUGUACUAACGGGCUCUACGGUGUUUUCAAUAUUGUUCUCUAUUUCGUUAACCACACGGUUCAGUUUGCAACAGCCCUCAAUCGUGAUUGUAUGUAUAUUCCUUGUUGUAAGUAUUUUGUUGUAUGACAAAUCAGUAUUUUGAUAUUUGUGUGACAUUCCAUAAUCCGGUUGGUUGUUUGUGAGCGCGGGCGUCCCCAGGCCAGGAGUCAACAUGCCAAAUAUACAUUUAAUUACGUUAAUGAGCAGUACAAUUUGUGUAAAUUAUUUUAUUAUCAAAUUCUUGUUGGAUCGCGUUGUCGGUUAUGUUCCUUCUUUUUUUAAACAUUUAUUGUACAAUGUCGGUGCCGCGAGGUGUGUCUAUGGUUUUUUUUAUUUUAUUUAUCCCGCGGGCGAUAUUAAUUUGAUAUGUCCGUUACUUAUUUUUGUUCGCGGGAAAAUAUUUUAAUUUUAUCUUUCGCUUAAUUAUUAUUGCACUUUAUUUAUGAUUAAGUUUUUUUACUUGUGUAUAUAAGUUUUACAUCAAAUACAGCGUGAUAUAUGUUUGA